AUGGAAGUUACUGUUACACAAACCAUAUACACACGUGCCUAUAACUCCUUACCCUGCCACCGACACGUCCGGCGGAGCAAAAUCCGGCAAGAUUUUCCCCGGAAAAUCUUCUUGAUAUUCUGUGGAUUUAUAGAGAGAAGCAAAUUAAUAUUCUAUAACGGUCGGAUGGAUUUCUUGAAAACGAUUGAAUGCGGCGGUGGUGGUGGUGGCGGAGGCGGGGAUAUCCAUUCUUUGAAAGAGGAGACGCUCGGUGAAGAAAACGUAGAGCUUAGUUUAGGUUUGUCGUUGAACGGACGAUUUGGGGUGGAACGACGGAGAGCGGUGGCUAAUGAUUACUAUGACAACAAUAACAGAUUAAUCCGUGCUUCCUCCGUAGCAGAUUUCUCGAGUUUUCCGUCGGCAAUGGAAGAUCCGACCGCAUUGACGGUGUAUCCGCCGUUAACCAGGACGUGUUCGCUGCCGAUCGAGAUGGGGGAUGAGUGGAAGAAGAGGCAGGAACGGCAGUCGUUACGGCGGUCGGAGGCGAAGAGGAAGCGUGUUGAAAAGCUUAAAAAUGGGAAAGUUGUGAAAGGGUUGUUGACGUCGGAGGAGAAUUACGAUGCAAAAAGAAGAAAUGUAAUGAAGGGAAACGAUCAGUCAUGGCAACCACCACCGCAGUCACUGUUACCUCCACUGCCACGGCCGUCGCCGUUUCCGUCGCAGGUGUCCAUCGGCUCUCCUGCUAGCGGCGGAUCUUCUGGUGUUUCUGAUUUGGAAAGUCAACCUUUUUCAGGUAUAAAUAAAGAUGGUGAGUUGAAGAGCACGGCUAGUCAACAUUCCAUUUUGCAUAAGUUCCCAAGUUCGACCCCUUAUAGAUCAAACUCUCUUGUUUCAGACAAGUCCACAAAUGAAACCCUAAAGAUGAUGUUUGCGGAUAUGCCUUGCGUUUCCACAAAAGGAGAGGGUGUUAAUGGCAAGAAGAUCGAAGGGUUUUUGUACAGAUAUAGAAAAGGAGAACAAGUCAGAAUCGUUUGUGUUUGUCAUGGUAACUUUCUAACUCCAGCAGAGUUUGUGAAACAUGGUGGUGGUGGUGACGUGGAACAUCCUCUUAGACACAUUGUCGUUAACCCACCUUCUUUAUAAUAUAUGAACAAUGGAAAAACCGUUGGAUUAGACAAUCCUUUUAUGGACCAAGUUAAAUGUUAAAUAAAGUUUUGUUGUCUUCAUAUAGACAUAGUAGAGAACAAAUGUACAUUUAUUGUCGUCUUUUUAAUAUAUUAGCUAGUGAAACUUUUGAGGUUUAUUUGCUAAAGUUUUCCUUGUUUGGAAUGUCAAUGUAGUUAUAAGUUCAAUGUCAUAAAUUAUAAGUCAAGUCAUAAAUCAUUGGAGAAUCUCGGUACUUAUAUCAAUUAGAUGUUUAAACAUCCAC